AUGAGCAACUUCUUCCACAUGCCCACGAAGCUGUACGACUGCUUUCAGGAGCACAGAUUUGCAAUCAAGCUUUCCUUUGGGGAUCCCAGCAAGUCGCCGCCUCUGUCCAUGAAGGCACCUAAUGCUGCCGGCCCGUGCACGGGGGUACAGUCACACUGCUACGAGACUGCAUAUGAAGCCUUUCGCAUCUGCCUGGGACCCGAUAGCGGUGUGCUGGAGGGGAGGACGUACACCACCCUCGCGGACUUGCUACAGGGUCGGAAGCCUCUUUCUGUCCAUGUCAAGAUGGACGUCGAAGGCUCUGAGUGGUCAGUACUGGAAGCUCUGCUGGCGAACGCCUCUGACCUGGCGAAAAUUCGCACCCUCGACAUGGAGGUCCACUUUGGCUUUGCCGCAGCCUCUGAGGCGAGGCAUCGGAAGAGCCCGGAAGAGGCCAUUCGACGCGAGGUUGGCAUUUUCACCAAGCUGGCCUCAACCUUCCUGGCUGUGGGCAGCAACGUGGAGACCAAUGCGCAAGGCUGGGACCCUGCCACAUCUUGUGCGAAGCUUUGUGACGAGCCCCUGGUGCAUACCAGCGGCGGCUUCCCUGUGAACCAGUUUGCUGUGAGCUUCGUGAACCCUGCACUGCUACGGGCGAAGUCUCCGCAUCAGAUGGAAGUGACCUCCAGGGGGAUUGCACGGCAGACCGCUGACUUGAAAUGA